CCAUUCUCAGUCACCCUUUAUACAAUGCUGCUCCACUGGUGCUGCUGCCUCCUGUUUUCAUGAGACAAACUCUCUCUGGGCGGCAGAAUUAGGUUUAAAGUGUGUGGGGUUGUGCUCUCCUCAGUGCGAAGGACUGUUCUUACGGAAGAUUGUCUUUUCUUUUAAUUUUUUUUCCUGAAUUGGAUUUUGAUGAGGACUCUGUCCAUGUCUUCUGCUGGAUGAUGACUCAGGCAGUCUCCGUCAUUCCAAUACUUGGCAUUAUUCUGAAGAUCAGUUUUUCAUCUGCCAUUGAACUGCGGUUCAUGCCUGAUCCACCAACACUGAACAUCCAUGGCGUUCAUAGGAUGAACAAAUCUGACAACGUGGAACUAACAUGCAGAGGUCGCCAGUACUUGAGAUGGUCAACGCCUCCGACAAGCACCCACUUCUCCAUCAGUGACUGCAGUGGAUCAGGACUCUUCUGCACAACACUGAGGAUCUCCAAUGCAACUGUCAGGGAAACCGGACAGUACCAGUGCUCCUACAGAGACCUGAAAGUUGAAGAUGGCAAAACUUCAGUCGCAGUUCACGUAUUUGUCCACGAUUACAAAGUGCCAUUUGUGCCGUCUGAGACAGAAUAUAAUGUUGUGUUCGUCCGUGAGGGAGAGCAGGUGGUGAUACCAUGCCGAGGCUCGGUGGAGAAUCUCAACGUUACACUCCACACUAAGUAUCCAAAUAAGGACCUUCAUCCCAAUUGGAAGGAUUCUCUGUGGGAUGCCAAGACGGGCUACACUCUUCCCAGUUAUCUGAUCAGCUAUGCUGGCGCUGUGUCAUGCCAGACUCGGAUUGGAAAUGAGACGUUCAAGUCCCCUUUGUACAUCGUGGCUGUUGUCGGAUACAAGAUCUAUGACCUCACCCUGACCCCGACACAAGUGAAGCUGUCUGCGGGGGAGCGGCUGGAGUUGAACUGCACUGCACACACAGAGCUCAAUAUGGGAGUUGAAUUUAACUGGACACACUCUGGUCAGGCCCUGACCUCAAGGAAUUAUUCAACAUCUCCCCAAAAGAUAAAGCUGUGGAACUCUCAGAAGCUGUUGAACACUCUUAAAGUGGAGAAUGUGACGGUGGAUCACAGUGGAGAAUACACCUGCUCUGCAUCAAGUGGGCACAUGGUGAAAAGUGCCACAGUCAGUCUCAAAGUGUUUGAAAAGCCUUUCAUUGACAUUAAAGAACCAUGGACGAAGGUGAGGGUGGUAAACGUGGGAGAUCAAACAACACUGACCCCUGUCAAGUACUCUGCUUACCCUGUGCCCAGCUUGAAAUGGUUAAAAAAUGGCCUACCACUGAAGGAUGAUUACAGAGUAAAACAGAGAAAUGAUGCCCUCGUCAUCCGCGGUGUCACAGAAAUGGAUGCAGGAAAUUAUACAGUAGUCCUGACCAACACUAUUACUAAAGAGGAACACAGAUGCUCAUUCCAGCUACUUGUCAAUGUGCCUCCUCAAAUCAUUGAGAAGGAGGUGGGAGUGGACACAGACGUGUACAUACAUGGCAGCAGCCCCACCUUAAGGUGCACUGUUCGUGGUUUUCCAAUACCUGCGCACAUCCACUGGCAAUGGAUGCCUUAUGAGGAUUGUCCAGAGGUUUUUAUGCCAGGCCUGAUCAAGACUGAGUUACAGCUGAACACAUGCACAGGUUGGAGAGAUAUCGUCAACAGCACGAGUCACAACCGCAUAGAGCGAAUUAUGACAUACACUGAUAAUGUUCAAAAGAAAAUCGUGAGCUCUUUAAAGAUUCAGAAAGCUGAGACCCAUGCCCUCUACAGAUGCAGGGCUGCUAACCAAGUAGGAGAAGACUCACGCACCAUCUUUUUCCAUGUGACACGGAGCCUUGAGGUAAGCACGUCACCCUCCAACCAGCCCUUACAAGAGGACCAUGUAGUUCUGAGGUGCAAGGCCGACAAGCUGAUAUACGGCAACCUCGCCUGGUUCCGUGUGACCAACAUCUCAGAGUCAGAGCAGGUGGCAGCAGUGCAGCCCUGUCACUCACUGCCGUUACAGCAGAGGCCACCAUCACAGACAGUGCUGUCCAGCCUGCAGAGCCCCAACGUAACCCUGGAGCUGUCAUUGCCCAAGGCGUCCCACAAGGAUGAGGGUUUAUAUGCCUGCCAGGUGGAAAACAUCAAUACCAAGGAGAGAACCUGCCUGCUACACCGACUCUCCCUCAGAGCUCUUGAAGCCGCCAGGAUCCUUAAUAAUUUAACAGAUCUCAAAGUGAACAUAAGCUCAACAAUAAGUCUUCACUGUGAUGCUGCCGGGACGCCAAACCCAUCACUGGUGUGGACCAAAAACAAUCACAGUAUAGUGGAGGGCUCGGGUGUGAUUCUGAGUGAACAAAACCAUAUUUUGACCAUUCAGCGUGUGAAGAAGGAGGACAGUGGCCUGUACAUCUGCACUGCAUGUAACAGCCUCGGCUGUGAAGCCUCACAGGCCUUUCUGACAACUGAAGGUGCUGAGGAAAAGACGAACGUGGAGCUGAUUGUUCCGAUUGGUUCGGUGGUCAUUGCCAUGUUUUUCUGGUUACUGAUCGUUUUUGUCAUUCGUGGAAGAAAGCGACCAAAUGGUGUGGAUCUGAAGCCUGGCUACCUGUCCAUGAUCCUGGACUCAGAGGACAUGCCCACGGAUGAGCAGUGUGAAAGGCUCACAUAUGACGCUAACAAGUGGGAGUUUCCUCGGGACAGGCUGAAGCUUGGUGAACCACUGGGAAGGGGAGCAUUUGGCCAGGUGGUAGAAGCAGCUGCCUUUGGCAUCGAGAAAGCGACCACAUGCACCACUGUUGCUGUCAAGAUGCUAAAGGAGGGAGCCACCUCCAGUGAGUAUCACGCUUUGAUGUCAGAGCUGAAAAUUCUCAUUCAUAUUGGACAUCACCUCAAUGUCGUCAACCUGCUGGGAGCCUGUACUAAGCCUGGGGGGCCACUGAUGGUGAUUGUAGAAUAUUGCAAACAUGGAAACCUCUCCAGUUACCUGAAGAGCAAGCGUGGAGAAUACAGCCCAUACAAGAGGAGGCGGGUGGACAGUCAGAAGUGGGCGCCUGGAAAGGAGGAUAUGACUGAAGGUGAUCUAGGUGAGGGUAAAAUCGCCCAGCUGGACAUCUGCACAGGAACAGCUGUCUGUUCCACAGCUGGAGACAACAGUUCAUGUAGUAACAUGGACACGCAGGAAGAGAGCUCAGAUGAUGACCAUCUGAAUAUGGAGGACCUGAUAUGCUACAGCUUCCAAGUGGCCAAAGGCAUGGAGUUUCUGUCCUCUCGCAAGUGUAUCCACAGAGAUCUAGCAGCCAGAAACAUCUUGCUCUCGGAGAACAAUGUGGUGAAGAUCUGCGACUUUGGCCUCGCAAGAGAUGUGUACAAAGACCCAGACUAUGUCCGCAAAGGAGAUGCGCGUCUCCCUCUGAAGUGGAUGGCUCCUGAGACAAUAUUCGACCGGGUGUACACCACACAGAGUGAUGUCUGGUCCUUUGGGGUCCUUCUUUGGGAGAUCUUUUCUUUGGGAGCUUCUCCCUAUCCCGGUGUGUGCAUUGACGAGUCUUUCUGCAGGAGGCUGAAGGAAGGAACCAGGAUGAGACCCCCAGAAUAUGCCACCACUGAAAUAUACCAGACCAUGUUGGACUGUUGGCUGGAUCGUCCUACAGACAGACCCACGUUUGCAGAGCUGGUUGAACAUCUGGGCAAUCUGCUGCAGGCCAGUGCUCAACAGGAUGGGAAGGACUACAUCCCCCUGACAGCAGGAGAGGCAGAGGGAUCAGCGGUGACCUCUGACCUCAGGAAUCCUUACAGCAGACCUCAGAGCGAGGAAAUCCUGGAGGCUCAGCUCCACUACGACAACCCCCGGUCUCUCGGACUGACUCAACAGAGUGAGCGGUAUAGUCAGCCCCUCAGCUUGAAGACGUUUGAUGACAUCCCUGUGGCACGCAACAGUGUCAUGGAGGGUCACUUAGACAGUGGUAUGGGCUUCUCACCAGAGGAAGUGAAGGGUUUGAACCAACAGCUGCAAACAAUGCCCAACUUCAGCCAGCUGCUGCGUUGCAAGAGCAAAGAGUCUCUGGCUUCCGAAUCAUCUAAUCAGACGAGCGGAUACCAAUCCGGGUACCACUCUGACGACACUGACACCCCAGUCUAUGCUAAUGAGGAGGUGAUAAUGAAGCACAAGAUGCUGAAGAAGCCUCCACUGCCCAAGACACCGGAAAAAUACAGUGCAGAGAUACGCUACAGCACGCCACCUGUCUGACCCCCAAACAUCUCUCCACAGUAAAGUCUUCUCACGAGUCGUCUCACUGUUAAAUAUCUGUUUAGCUUCCGCAGGUAUCACACUAUAGGAACCAUGACAACACAUGCACUGGAACUCUAACUGUGUUAGCGCUGCUCUCCUUGGAGCUGGAGGAAUGCUACAGUGUUUACACAGCAAGUAAAAGGUCUGGCCACCAGGCACAGGGACAUGCCCACUUCCUGAGGCCAAGUCCCCCCACUCAUCACUUCCUCUAUUGCAGGAAAUAGCAUCUGGAAUUUUUUGGGAUAAUUAAAUCAGCAAAUGUUUUCUUUUUUUUUUCUUUCUCCAUUCUCUUUAACUGUUUUGUUGGCACAUUACUGGCUGGUAAGGAGGCAGAACCGUCCUCCUAGGGUCACAUUUGUACAGUUUCCUUCAUAUAACCUACAGUAUUUUAUUGAAAGGCUAUGACUAGAAGCUGCAAUACAUGUAACUAUAGUUUUAUAAAAAUAAAAGUACUCAUAGAU